AGGACGGAUUCAUAUGAACUCAAGGUCGUUCUUUCCUUAGGAUGGCGACUUCUAUAAUCAAGUUGCACACGCUUUCGGGGGCUGGUGAUAACGGUUCACCUUGUUAUUUACUUCAGGUAGAUGAGUUUCACUGCCUCCUUGACUGUGGUUGGUGUGAGAAACUGGAUAGUGACUAUGUGAAAGAGGUUUCAAAGUGGGCCAAACAUGUUGAUGCCGUGCUCCUUAGUCAUCAAAGUUUACGACACCUUGGGUUGCUUCCAUAUCUUGUUGGGGCAUGUGGACUUAACUGUCCGGUGUAUGCCACGACUCCUGUUUACAAAAUGGGGCAAAUGUUUUUGUAUGACUUUUUCCAGUCAAGACAUGCUUCUGAGAACUUUAGUCACUACACGUUAGAUGAUGUUGAUCUAGCUUUCGAUCACGUGCAUCAAGUUAAGUAUCAGCAAACAAUCAGUCUUCAUGGUCGUGGCCAUGGUUUAUGUAUAACCCCACUUCCUUCUGGUCACACACUUGGAGGAACAAUUUGGAAACUAGUUAAAGAAGACACAAGUAUCGUUUAUGCUUUGGAUUUUAACCAUAAAAAGGAGAGACACUUAAAUGGAGCUACCUUUGAUGCUUGCAUACGACCACACUUACUAAUUAUGGAUGGUUCGAACACCUUAUAUACACAGCCCAGGAGAAAAGAUCGUGAUGAAAAUCUACGUCAGACAAUUUUGAAAAGUUUAAGGCGUGGUGGAAAUGUACUUAUUGCCGUGGAUACUGCUGGAAGGUGUCUUGAAGUAGCCCAUUUUUUAGAACAAUGUUGGUUAAACCAGGAAUCUGGUCUAAUGGCUUAUGGAUUGGCGAUGCUAAAUUAUGUGGCUUUAAAUGUUGUGGACUUUGCAAAGUCAAUGGUUGAGUGGAUGUCCGAAAAAGUAAUGCGAUCUUUUGAGGAUCAACGAAGUAAUCCGUUUCAUUUCCGACACAUGCAGUUGUGUCACACGUUAGAACAGUUAGAUGCUGUUUCAGAGCCUAAAGUUGUUCUUUCAUCACUUUCCGAUCUUAGUUGUGGAUUUUCUCGUCAGUUGUUCGCUGAGUGGGCCGAUAACGACCUAAACACAGUAAUUCUAACGUCCCAAGAAUCUGUUAUCACUGGAGUUGAUGAGUCGUCCAGUCAGAGUUUAAUAUCUCGACUUAUCGGGUUAGCAAGAAAAGAUAAUGAUGCACGAAAAGAUCUGCCUACGAGUUCAACUGGGACUUCAAUCCUUCCUCUAACAUUAUCACAACGAGUAUCGUGUUCACAAGCAGACCGAUCUGGGUCCGAUAUUCCACACUUGAAAAACUCAGCUAAAGGGUUUUCCUUCCCUCAAAACACAAACUCAACGAUUAGUGAUGCAUGCGACGAGCUCAAUUCUGAAACAGAACCUGGAAACAUAAGUGCCUGCUAUACAGACAUCCCGAUGCCAUCAGUGAGUGAUAUUACUCAUAGUGAUGUUUCACCACAAGUUACUGAAGGAAUCCUUGAGAAACAAUCAUCUUGUAAUUCUGAAUUGGAAAAUGAAUCAACAUGUGGAUCGAAUCGUCCAUAUGGUUCAGAGGAAGGUACGCACGUAGAAAAAUCAAAAUCACUCUCUCUUACGUUGUCCGUACCAAGAGAUCAUUCGAAGAAAACGAUUGUUCCAAGCAAUACAACUAGGUUAUUUCCUAAGACUUCUAUACCUUUAAAUAUGGAACAAUUUGGAGUUACAAAUCUUCACUUAACUUCUGGACGGCAUCAAGCUGGAUAUGACAUAUAUCCAGGGCUUCAUAACCAAGCUGGAGGGCAGUUUUUCCGUGUGGCUAAACGGACUCAGUUGCUGUUUCCUCAAAAUGAAAAGAAGAUUCACUGGGAUGAGUAUGGAGCACAUCUUGAUCCAGAGUUGUUCACUUCAACAGAACCAGUUUCUACUCAGGCAGCAUUGCCGAAUUGGGAUAUCAAAAGUAAAGACACGAAAACUAAUUCAGAUAUUGUCUCAUCGGGUUUUUCAUCUACAUCAAUACUGGAUUAUUUGGUUGCAAGAACUCCAACUUUUGACGUUCUGGAUUCUAAUACUCGUUGUGUAACUCAUCAUUUGGAAAUACCUCUACGGUGUGAAGUUGUGUUUCUGGAUUAUGAAGGUCGAUCAGAUGGGGAAGCUAUGAAACGUAUUCUAAUUGGUCUAAGACCACAGGAAAUAAUUUUAGUUGGUAACAAUGCACCAGCUAUUGAUCAUUUAGCAAAUUAUUGUCGUGGUGUCAUGCUGUUAGAUCCCAACUACAUACAUAUUCCUCAUCCACGAGAAAUUGUGAAUUGUACAAAAGAAGGAGAUAUUUAUCAGGCAAGAAUGAAAGACAGUUUAGUUUCUAGUUUAAAAUUCACAAAAAUACGUGAUUAUGAAUUAGCUUGGGUUGAAGCAACUGUAUCACUCGAUGAUAAAUUUGAUUGUCAUAUUAAAGAAAAAAGCAACAAUAAUAAUGUUGAAAAUAAUGGUAAUGAUGAUAAUGGUGAUGUGGAAAUGUCCACUGGGAAUAAUUUAGAAUUGAGAAGUCGAACACCAUUAGCUGCUGAUCAGUUACCAGUUCUCAGUCUUCCUACUGGCCCUAUUGGACAACAUAAAACGGUUUUUGUAAAUGAACCAAAGUUAUCCGAUUUAAAACAACUUUUAUUAUCCCAAGGUUUAAUGGCAGAAUUUGUUAGUGGUAUAUUAGUAGUAGAUAAUUGUGUUGCAAUUAAACGAUCUGAAGCAGGUAAAUUAUUACUGGAAGGUUUGUUAUGUGGUACAUACUUUGAAGUUCGACGAAUUCUCUAUCAACAAUUUGCUAUUCUAUGAUGAAAAUUCCAAGAAAAGAAUCUCAACAACAUUCUUUUUACCUAUAAUACGAUAUAUAUAUAUAUAUCUGAGAAAAAAUGCUUUCUGUACAUAAUUAUACAUAUUACAUGGAUUAACAUGCAAUUUUUUAAAUAAAUAUAAUAUUUUGAUAAUAAAUUAUCUUCUUACUUGUUGUCGUAUUUAUUUUUCACUUCAUAUAUGUAUAUCGGUCCUUUUUUGCCUUGAAAGUCAUGUCUAUGUAUGAUAUGUUUAUGGAUUGUUAGUGUUUAUUUUAUAAGGGACUUAUUGUCUGUUUGUUUAUUUAAAAUAUACAACUCAAGAUUUCAGUAAAAGUUAGUAGGGACCAAUAUUCUCAUCACGUACUUAUUAAAGUUGGAAAAUAUAAUAAUCACUGAUGUUUGAUUUGUACUUUAAUUAUGUAAGGGUUAGAAAUACCAUUUACUUUCUCAAAUAGGUAAAGAGUUUUGUUUUAGAUCGAGAGUUUGAUAGUAAAAAUUUGAUUACUUCAUUUAGUUUGAAAAUAUAAGUUUCAAUGUUUAAAUGUUCAUAAAAAGAUUGAUGUCGAAUAUUGAAGAGAUAACUAACUAGAUCAAAUUUGUUAUCCUGUUUUUCAAUGUUCGUGUAUUUUUUUUUCAUAACCUAAUUUAUUCUCUUGAAAAUUCGUAAGUUUAAUCCAUUAUCUCUGCUUCAUAAUUCACUUUAUUGUUAUGUAUCGUAAUCAAUAGUGUAUACAAAUCUAUUGUAUUUAUUGACUCUAAGCUUGUAUUAUGGAUCUUAAAGUGCAAAUUAUAAAGGAGACAGCAUUAGCAUUAUAAACUAACUCUACUUAUAUUCUCGAUCUGUAUCCUCAUUAUUUCUAGUGAAUAUCAAUUUUGAUUUUGAAAAGCUGCAUAAGAGAAAUAAUUAAUGAUCUGUUAAAUAUAUAUGAUAAUUUGCUGUUGUCUAUUGAUGUUUUAAGUCUAUCACUAAUUCAUAGAUUUUACUUGUCUCAAGCUAACUGUCUCUGAAUUAUACAGUAUGCAAAUCAUUUCAGUCAUUUAAUAUUUAGUUUUUAAGUACAUAAUUCUUACCAUAUACAUUAUUCUAAAUAUUCGUCAAAGGGAAAUAAUAUGGAAUGUUCUGAGAAUAAAACUGAUUAGUUAAGGGAUUGGUUUGUAUUUACCAAACCAUCAAUAUUAUGGUUUAUUAUGAAAUUGAAUUAACAUUGUAAAUUUUAAUUUUUCCAAAAAUUGUUUUAGUGACAUUUUUAAUUGUCAGAUAUUUCUAUUCACUUCAAUUUAUUAAAUGAACUGUUAUUUUUCACGGUUGUAUUCUUUGGGAUGUAAAUUUUCCCGAACCUGCUUUGAUUUGGGCACCCGGACAGUAUCAAAUCCCUUACACAAAUCAAAUUAGAUUUGUGUGCGCAUAUAUAUCUGGUGCCCCUUUGUACCAUUAUCUAUGUGUUCAAAUAAAUAAAUAAAUAAACAUCUUAUUAAAGC